AGAACAUGGGGCUGCAUGAACAACAUUCGGGCAUUUUGUCGGAAAACUAUUCUGGUGGCGCUGAGUCAGAUUUCGGCGCAGACGACGCCCGAACACUUUCUCAUCAUCGACCAGCACAACAUGAACGCCGUCGCUUGCCGCCUGAAGGGCCAGUCCGCCAAUGACGUCACGUACGGGCAGCUGAAGGUGGUGCAGUUGUGCGACGGAGUCGACGACUGUCUAGGCGGCGCUGACGAGCAGCCGCGAGCGUGCAACUUCAAAGAGAGAGCGACGAUGAUGAAGAAGGUGCAUGACGAGAUGGAAUCAGUGGCCAGGGAAAACCAUUUGUAACGAGGAACGACUACCGUGUACGAAAUGCCAUGGUGGUGUUUUCAAGAUUCUAGCACAGCGGAUAAGAAAGAGAAAGAACGGCCUCUUAUGCUUGGCGGAUAUACAUUUUAUAACACCAGCUCUCUGGAACUAUUUAAUAUUCAUAUUCAUACCAGCAAUCUCAUGAAGCGUGCUAGUUGUAAAACAAGACUGAUCCAAUCUGUAUUGCAUAGCGCUAUAAACCAGCGGUGAAUAACCGCUUGCACCGAACGUCAAAUUCGUUCUCACCACAUUUACAUUUACAUUUAAUUAGAUUACGCUGGUUGUUAUUCUAGUAUAAGACCGGUUUUCUUUAGCGUUUUUGACGUUUCGUGGCUCAAACAGAAUUCAACUUGGAAUAAUAAUGUAUAUGAAGACUGUUUCUCCGAUGAUUUGCUGUUACGGCCGUCCGCAUUGUUGCACUGUGCAAGUUUCCAUUUUCAAUGGCAUUGUUUUUUUUUCCCGAUCGCACAUGCACGUUCUAAAUUUGGGACCGGCCAGAGAAAAAUCGCUAAAUUAUCAUUAGACUCAUAGCCUUCUCCCAUCUCUCUCAUGCGUGUCUUCCUGGUUCUCCUUGCCCGCGCUAGUAUAUGCCGCCAAGCAGUUCUUUCAUCAAAAGUCCUUUCACAGCAAAAAACCUUUCUCCUUUUCACCGCGGUUUGCUAUCUACGUUUUGUAUAGUAACUUUGUACAUUUUUGCAUACAUCGUAUGUUUGCCAUACAAUGUAUAACUUGUAAAUAUUUGACAGAAGGGGUUCAGUGGAUUGAGCGGACACGGAUCGGUAAAAUGCUUGAAGGCCUGUCUCUACUUAGAAAACCAUUUUUGUCUAUGAUGACGUUUCAUGGUGCCUCAUCUACCACUCACUUCAAAGCAGGUUAAUUAUUGUCCUUCUGUUAUCUAGUUGGGAAUAUGGGGCUCUUUCUGCAAAUCCGUUUUAUAUUUUACAUUUUUAUAUCACAAAGAUAUUUUACACCGACUCUGCAUUGAUAAAUAUUGUUCACGAAUAUUGCGUUGUAAUAUAUAUUUUCAAUCUAGAAUGUGAUAGUUCGGGUAACUAUGAUUAUUGCAGAUAGGCAAGAUAUCUUAAACGGCUGCGACACGUGUAAUGUUGUUUAGAUAUGCUGUGUGCUUGCAAAACUGGAAGUAGAAAUAUUUUGUGUCGACAAAGAUAUUUAACAUUCCAACGCUAUUUUUAUUACAUUGUACGUUACUUCUGCUUUGAUAACUUUUCAGUACUACAUUACUAUGCAGACUAAAUACUGUUUGAAUAUUUUUUGAAAACGAAUUCUUGAUAGAUUCAAUUUUGCUCCGUUCAACAAAGAACAAGUAGCAGGCAAUUAUAAACUAUUAGCAGUUGUAGCGAAUUUAUAUGCGAGCUUCAUCUUAUUUUGUUGACGUACAAUCGUGCGUCAAACAAAAUGUCAAAACAAACAUUGGAUUGCCCGAAUUUUUAUACAAAAAUUAUAAUUGAACAAUGUUUUGUUUGUAAUAUAGCCA